AUGAAUGCUUCCAAAGCUUCAAAGAAGCGCAAGGCGGUUACCCGCGAUGUCGAAGAGGAAGCAGGUGUUUUCUCUGGGGAUGAGUUGAACGCAGACAAUCUCGAUGGCGCGCUUUCGGACAACGCAAACGAUCUGUCGAGCGAUGAAGAUGACAGUGAUUCGGAGAUCGAAUUAGUCGACGAGUUCAGUGAAGAUGAUGAGGACGAUGAGGAACUUGAUAGUGACGAAAUUCCGUCGGAUGGAGAAGAUGCAGUCAAGAAGAAGUCUGUCACCACGACCGAUAAAUCUGGUGAAAUAGCGGAGGAUGCUGAAAGUUCCAGCGAGGAAGAAGAAUUGGACUUCCGCAUUGAAAAGGAUGCGAACGGGAAUGAUCGAUUCAUCUACGACGAGAUCAACCCGGAUGAUAACUCAGAAUAUUCUGAUGUUGAGGAAAAUUCGAACACCAUCGGCGAUAUCCCUUUGUCCUUCUACGAUCAGUAUCCCCACAUUGGAUACGAUAUCAACGGAAAGAAGAUCUUGCGUCCGGCGAAGGGCGAGGCUCUGGAUGCACUUCUCGACAGCAUUGAGAUCCCCAAGGGUUGGACGGGUCUAACUGACCCUUCCACCGGCAAGCCUUUAGAGCUGAGCCAGGAUGAGUUGGAGCUGCUGCGCAAAGUGCAAAUGAACGAGAUUCCCGAAGAAGGCUACAAUCCAUAUGAACCUACGGUUGAAUGGUUCACUAGUCAGCAGGAGAUUAUGCCUUUGAGUGCAGCGCCGGAACCCAAACGACGGUUUGUUCCUUCGAAGCACGAAGCGAAGCGGGUCAUGAAGAUCGUAAAGGCCAUUCGAGAGGGCCGGAUCUUGCCAUUUAAGCCCCCAACCGAGGAGGAUAAGGAGGAGGACAAUGUCAUCAACUAUGACCUCUGGGCCGACGAAGCUGAACGACCGGAUCAUAUCAUGCAUAUUCCCGCGCCGAAACUCCCGCCUCCUGGUUAUGAGGAGAGUUACCACCCGCCCCCUGAGUAUCUGCCCGAUAAGAAGGAACGGAAGGCCUGGGAGGAAGCUGAUCCCGAGGACCGGGAGCAGGAGUUCCUUCCUAACGAUUUCGGUUCUCUCCGCAGGGUUCCUGGUUACGAAAAUUUUGUCAAGGAGAAAUUCGAACGUUGCCUUGAUCUCUACCUGGCCCCUAGAGUUCGCAGAAGCAAGUUGAACAUCGACCCCGAAAGUCUCCUGCCUAAACUUCCGAGCCCAGAAGAAUUGAAACCGUUCCCCACCGCCUGUGCUACUGUGUUUAGAGGUCAUAAGGGCCGCGUUCGCUCUCUGGCUGUCGACCCAUCUGGCCUUUGGCUAGCUACUGCUGGUGAUGACGGAACUGUCCGUGUUUGGGAGCUUCUUACGGGUCGCCAGCUGUGGAGCGUCAAGCUGAGCGAGGAAGAUCCUGUCAAUGUUGUCCGCUGGAGACCAGGCAAGGACGCUCUUAUCCUGGCUGCUGCGGCUGGAGAUGAUAUCUACCUUGCGGUGCCUCCCAUUGUUGACCCAGAAGUUGAGAAAGCUAGUUUGGACAUUCUGGACGCGGGUUGGGGACACGCUGCCUCAGUCCCUGCUCUUACCCCUGCGGAAGCCAACAAGAAGAACAAUCCGCCCAAAUGGAUUCGUCCAUCAUCGUCACUCCAGGAAUCUGGAGUCUGCGCCAUUAUUCCACUUCGCUACAUCGCCAAGUCUCUUUCAUGGCAUCGUCGCGGUGAUUACUUCGUCACUGUAUGCCCUGGAUCAUCCACGCCGGCUUCUGUGGCCAUUGCCAUCCAUACUCUCUCCAAGCACUUGACACAAUAUCCCUUCCGCCGGCGUAUUAAGGGUGGUGGCUCUCCCCAGGCCGCGCACUUCCACCCCUCUAAACCGAUCCUUUUCGUUGCCAACCAACGUUCCAUCCGUGCAUAUGACCUUUCCCGCCAGCUGCUCGUGAAGAUCCUGCAACCAGGUGCCCGCUGGAUUUCCUCCUUCGACAUCCAUCCCACAUCGUCCACUGCUUCGGGAGGUGACAAUCUUAUCGUUGGAUCAUACGAUCGCCGUCUGUUAUGGCACGAUCUCGAACUGUCUCAGCGCCCUUACAAGACGCUCCGCUAUCAUCGCAAGGCUAUCCGUGCUGUUAAAUUUCACCCUGGCGGCCGCUAUCCCCUGUUUGCUGAUGCUAGUGACGACGGUUCCCUCCAGAUCUUCCACGGUAGUGUUACGGGCGACAUGCUCAGCAAUGCCACCAUCGUACCCCUCAAGGUCCUCAAGGGACACAAGAUCACUGGCGAGCUGGGUGUCUUGGAUAUCGAUUGGCAUCCCAGAGAACCAUGGUGUGUCAGUGCAGGCGCGGAUGGAACUUGCCGGCUGUGGAUGUAA